AUGCCCACCACUCGCCGCAGCAGCGGCUUCGGCCCCGCCCAAAAAGGCACUCAAAAAACCCUCUCCUUCAGCAAUUCCUCAAAGAUAACCAAAGCCAGCACCCCUUCCUCCACUCUCAAACCCAAGAGUUCUUUAACCAACCUUACCGAUCUCUCAUCUCUUCCCUCCAAACCCUCCCCUCCUUCGUCCACAGAAACCGCAUCCCCAAUCGCCUCACCAACCACAACCCCCAAACCCACCAUUGCGCAACAACCCCGCCCCAAGACCGCAGAACAGGAACAACAGAUACAACUCGCCCUCAAAAUAACCGAUGCCAAGAUCCGCAAAUACUGGAAAGGACGCGAAGAACUUCGAUUGUCGCCGCGGGUACACCAACGUCAUUUGGAGAUAAGUGAGAAGGUAUUGAGGGAAUGGGAUUGUAUGAGUCAAUUUGGUCCAGCAAUCGGUAUCCCCCGCACCCAACGCUGGCACCGGGCCUCAAAACUUGGUCUCAACCCCCCAAUCGAAAUCCUAGCCGUUCUUCUCAAAGAAGAAGCAAAGAAAAACAAGGCCGUGGAACGAGCAUAUGUGGAUGAAUUGAUGGGGGCCAAGGGGAUUAUUGGUGGGGAUGUGGUUUAA